AUGUCGCAGAAGGGGUCGGGUCCUCACAGUUGGCAUAACAAGUGCGGAGAGAACAACACCACCGUCGUCACACGGUUCGAGCCAGGCACAGCUUCCCCUAGCACCAUGCAUCACAUACAGUGCCCACAUGAUCGUUCCUCGUUCGCGAGUUUGGUGCAUAUUCUGGCGAGUCUCGAUUUGCACUGUGCUCUCGAGCCUCUUCGGUCCCAAGGGAUUCGGUCCGCAGAUCAACUGGAGAACACCCCCAAAGCCCAGCUCCGGUCGUGGAUCGGUGACCCGGCCAUUGACAAGCUGUUCAACAAGUCGGUCGCCAGGCCAAGGACCCGUUCGGAUGCCCUGGUCGUGCACCCGUAUCAGAGGGGUUCUCGCGCUGCGGCCUCGGCCGUCCAAGGCAAGAGCGCCUUGGAAAAAGCAGACGAAGCCUUUCAGGAGGACAAGUUCGCAAGGAGCUCAAGGGGCCCCCGGGAAUCCCGCUGGAAGCUAUGGUGCUCCCUUGCUGAGCAGAGAAACCUCCCCCCUUUGCCGAUUACAGUCGAUCUUAUUGACAAGAUCGGGGCCCUCUUCAAGCAGGCACGUUACAGGUCGGCAGCACAGUAUUACAGUGUCGCGAAAUCCGAGCAUAGGGCACAGGGAUUCGAGUGGUCGCCUUCGCUGGAUCACGCAGUGGCCCAGGCCGUUCGCUCGAUCACCAGAGGCAUGGGCCCUUCUGCAGCCAAGUUGGACUUCCCUCUGGAGUCCUGUUCGAGGAGCCUCGAGCUGGAUAUCGAACGGGCAUACGCAUCCCUUCAGGUGCCGGCCAGUUCGCGGAUUGAAGCUCCUGCCGACACGGGCAUCGUGGCAGCAUGGUUCCUCCUCCGGGGCUUGGAGAUAUCUUCCGUCGUGUGCGAAGAUGUUAGCUUUUCGAGAGAAGGGCUGGUUAAGCUUUCGCUGCCGGUUUCGAAGAAUGAUGCAUCGGCCCGUGGGUGCUCGAGGACUCAUGCGUGCAUAUGUUCGCGCCAACAUGACCCAGGAUGCAACAGGUCGGGCGACGAGGGCAUGCUGUUUACGCCUCUGCAGCAGUGCUCCUGUUCGCUGGGACGUCACCCUUUGUGCCCCUACCACGCGGCACUGCGCUGCGCAAUCAGGCUUCGCAAAUCAGGCCGUUGGGAACCGAAGGCGCCGUUCUUUGGCGAUGGGGAGGGCCCCCCAACUAAGGCACAAGUGGUUUGGCUGGCUAGAGUGUUCGCCUGGGUCCUUUGCGAAGGCGACCUCAGAGACUGGCCGAGACAGGUCGUUCAGCGUUGGGCCCAGCAUGCAUUUCGGGUCGCGGGUGCCCAACUUUUCGCUCGAGCCGACCUCGACCUUCACGUUAUUAUGCUCAUCGGUCGCUGGGGCAGCGCAGCGAUCUGCCGUUACGUCCAAGAGGCAGCCUUGGCCAACCCAGCAAGAGCAGCACAGGCGGUCGCAGAUCGCACCUCAGUCCUCCCUUCGAGUUCGCAGACACCCCGGCCCUCUCGACUCGCACUGCUCCCAGCUGCCCUCGACCAGGUUCGCGCUGUUUUCGACACUGUCCAGUCUGUUUUCCUGAAGAGAGUUCGGUUUCAGAAGUCUUGGCAUCCAGGAACCAUUCCCACGAAGAUUCAGGUAGUCAAGGCCAUGGCCGCGCCAGUGCCGUUUCAGACGAUGUGCGACCAGGCGGCCGUGCAUCCCACAGUGAGGCUCCUCUUCAAGGCAAAGGGAGUAGACGUUCCUGGCGUGCUGCACCACCUGUUCGCAGACAGAGACAAGGUCGCUGCUUUCCUGGACCCACUUCGCGCGGGCAUCGAGAUCGAUGGCACGACCAGAUGCAGGUCCACCGAGGAGCUCCUGAUCGACCAGGCCACGAUCCUCGAGUUGCUCGACGUCAUCGCUGCCAGCAAGGCCGCAGCGACACCGGUCGCAGCUCCAACGCCGGCCGCGGCUAACACAGCGCCAAGUUCGGCAGAGAAGUCUCAGGAGCUGCCUGCCGGAUACUGGAACGACUUCGUGACAGAUUACGAAUCUACAGUGGUCGACGGCAGGAACCGCAAGUUCCCUGCACACUUGCUUCUGGGGGCAGAGAAGACACUGGGCCGCAUGGUCGCCGAGAAAAAGUCCGGCCUGUUCACAGCCUUGCCCCUUGGAGAGGUCCUCUUUUCGCGUCACUUCACCUCGUCACGACAGGUGAACCCGUUCUCUGCGACUACAAAACCCGAGACGUCGACCAAGCUGUUCGCUGCAGAGGACGGCACCUUGUCCAAGGUCACUCGGGGGAUACCCGAGCCGCAGCGCAUGGUCACCAUGAUCGAUGCAUUCGAGGCCUGCAAGUUCGCUUUUAUGUUUGCUCGAUGGAGGCCGAACGCUGAGGUCUGCGAUAACUUCGAGUUCUGGGAAGACCUCACUCGUGACAACGCCAGCAGGUUCGCCCAAAUCCGCCAGUUUUGGAAGAAGGCGUCCUGGGAGAUGGCCAUGGCCCUGCGCUCUGGCAAGACGUUCGCACAGGCCGCAGCAGAGGUCACCAGUCCGCAGGCCAAACAGGACGCCAUGAGCAGGUGGGCCCCUCCCGACCGGCCCACCAAAGGCAACGAGAAAGGAGGAGAGAAAGGCGACAAGGGCCCUGGCAAAGGCAAAGGCAAAGGCAAGUUCGGCCGGCCUUCGCCCUACUGGUCGCAGCAAGGGCAACAGUUCCAACAGCAGACGUGGCCGCAGCACCAACAGACGGCCGGGCGACCACAGUGCAGACUGUUCGCAGCGGGCUACUGCCGGUUCGGCGCGAGCUGCAAGUUCGCACACGGUAGCCAAACUCAGCAGCAAGGGAACGUCCCUCCGCCCCCGUCCGCCUAG